UCUUGGACGAACAUCCGUUCGAUGCAGUCGCUAAAGACUUUAAGGCAAGUUCGUAAUACAUUUUGCUGAAUGAAGUACUACAGAUACGCCCCCUCGGCGCUUCACCUGUGCAAUGUCAAUGCUUCAACUCUAAGCACUUGGACGAUUUUCAUGUUAUUGAGCUUAUAUGACGGCCCGACGGUACCGUAUAUCGAUGAUUAAGAUGAGUGUUGGAAGUUGGCUGGGGAUACAUGCAUCAAGCAUCUUGGAGUCAUAGCACAUGGUCUUCUGUGUCUUUCCUGCGGCACGCCAUGUCUAAUAACACGGUGUAUAUAAGACCUGGGUACCUACCUUUUAUCCUAUCACCCAGCGCCACCUUGAGGUCCUUCGUUCAUUCUCUCAAGCCCUUCAACAUGGUGCAAUUCACCCAGUUCGUCCUCGCCACCGCCGCUUUGGCCGGCGCAGUAUCUGCAGCCCCGAAGCCACCACCAGCCAGUAAUGUGACUGUAAACCCUUGGAUCAACACGGACCGCUACGUUGUCCAGUCCUACGGCAAGAAACUCAAUCAAACCAUUGCUUCUUUCGAGGCCAAGAAGGAUACGCUCAACGCUGCUCGUACCCGCACUGUUGCACAGAAGAUCUCCACCUUCACAUGGGUCACCACGCGCGCCGGACUUACUGGUAUCACUACCGCCAUCAAGGAAGCCCGCUCUCAGAAAAAGGGCCGCAAGAAGGUCAUCGUCGGUCUCGUAUUGUACAAUCUUCCCGACCGUGACUGCUCAGCUGGCGAGUCAGCUGGCGAGCUUCGCAGCGACAAAGAUGGCUUGAACAUCUACAAGAAAGACUUCGUCGACCCAUACGCAAAACUCGUUUCCGCAGCCAAGGACUUGGAAUUCGCUAUCGUGCUUGAGCCGGAUUCCCUGGGCAACGCAAUCACGAAUCAGGGCAUCCCGUUAUGUGCCAAUGCCACCCCGAUCUACGAAGAGGGCAUUGCAUACGCAAUCUCGAAGCUUCAGUAUCCCAACGUGCAUCUGUACAUCGACGCUGCGCAUGGGGGCUGGCUAGGCUGGGCCGACAAACUAAAGCCCACCGCUCAAAUCUUCGCAAAGGUCGUUGCGAUGGCGAAGAAGAUCAACCCUGCGGCAAAGAUCCGGGGUUACGCUACCAAUGUGUCAAACUAUAACCCCCUCAACGCCAAAGUUCGUGAGAACUACACCGAGUGGUCGCCGUCGUGGGAUGAGUCGCACUACGCGUCUUCUCUUGCGCCGCUCCUUGAGGCUGAGGGCUUGCCGAGUAACUUCAUCAUUGAUCAGGGCCGUGUUGCGCUGCCGGGCGCAAGGUCGGAAUGGGGUGCGUGGUGCAAUGUUGAACCUGCAGGCUUUGGUGCACUGCCGGGGAGCACAAGCAACAACACACAUAUUGACAGCAUUGUCUGGAUCAAGCCAGGCGGUGAGAGUGAUGGCCGCUGUGGAUUGGAGGGUGCCCCAGCUGCUGGUGCGUGGUUUGAUGAGUAUGUCCAGAUGCUGGUCAAGAACGCCGACCCGCCGCUUGCGCCAACGUACGUGAAGAAGCCAAAGCCUGAAUGGUAGGCUUAUGAGUGUAAUAGGUCGAUAGACAAGAAAGUGUACAUAGACCAAUAGAUUAAAGAUGUGUAUUUUAGUCCUUUCACUUGCGACAUCUUACACGACGGUACACCUAACAAGUAGGGGUGUUCUGAUCGAAGAGAAUAACAUGAAAUAAAGUUGGUGCUCUUUCGUAUUCCUUAGCAGGUUUUUUGGUCGGUGGCGGUAAUGCAUGUGCCAGUGAUGUGGUGUACAGAGGUCCAAGACGUACGCCUGGAGCACUUCACGUAGCUUUCAGAUUUUGUGUAACAACUGCAUAAAUCCACGAAGUUUUC